CUUUCCUACUGGGUAAUUGAGCGAUGCAGGCCCAUGUGGGACGUUCGUGAACCGGCCUCACAUACUGACCAGGGUGGAAGCCCGUGUUUUCCCGUUUUUAGAAAACUGAAUGGUGACUGUGUGGGGAAACUGAAGAGGGGGAAGAUGCUGAAGGAAGCGCUCGAAGGGCAGCUCACAGCUGUCUGCAACUCCAUCGCGGCCUCGGUGCAGUUCCAGGUGGAGCCGGUGGGGCGUUGGUUUGAGGCCUUUCUGAAGCGCAGGGACAGGAAUGUGUCCGCCUCCUUUCAGGAGCUCGAGGAGGAAGAGGAGUUGUCGGAGGAGUCUGAAGAUGAUGAGCUGCAGCUGGAAGAGUACCCCAUGCUCAAGACGCUGGACCCCAAGGACUGGAAGAAUCAAGAUCACUAUGCUGUCCUUGGACUGGCUCACCUGAGAUAUAAAGCAACUCAGAGACAAAUCAAAGCUGCUCACAAAGCCAUGGUUUUGAAACACCACCCAGACAAAAGGAAAGCAGCCGGAGAGCAGAUUGUGGAAGGUGACAACGACUACUUCACCUGCAUCACUAAAGCCAUUGAAAUCCUGUCAGACCCUGUGAAGCGCAGAGCCUUUGACAGUGUAGAUCCCACCUUUGAUAACGCCGUGCCCAGCAAAAGCGAGGGCAAAGAGAACUUCUUUGAGGUGUUUGGACCUGUUUUUGAGAGGAAUGCCAGGUGGGCAAUAAAAAAACACGUCCCUAAACUAGGAACUAUGGAUUCAUCCUUUGAAGAGGUUGAUAAUUUUUAUUCCUUUUGGUACAACUUUGAUUCGUGGAGGGAAUUUUCCUACUUAGAUGAAGAAGAGAAGGAAAAAGCUGAAUGUCGAGAUGAAAGAAGGUGGAUUGAGAAGCAGAACCGGGCUUCUCGGGCACAGAGGAAAAAGGAGGAGAUGAACAGGAUACGAACGCUAGUUGACACAGCCUAUAGCUGCGAUCCCAGAAUAAGGAAGUUCAAGGAGGACGAGAAGGCCCGGAAGGAGUCAGAGAAGAAGGCCAAAGCAGAGGCUAAGAGGAAAGAGCAGGAGGAGAAGGAGCGGGCCAGGCAAGCAGAGAUGGAGGCUGCACGCCAGGCCAAGGAGAAAGAGGAAGAAGAAGCCAAGCAAGCUGCACAGCAGGCCAAAAAGGAGAAGGAGAUCCAGAAGAAAGCCAUCAAGAAGGAGCGCCAGAAGCUCAGGACGUCCUGCAAGAACUGGAAUUACUUUGCCGACAACGAGGCAGACAGUGUAAAAAUGAUGGAAGAAGUGGAAAAGCUCUGCGAUCGUCUAGAGCUGGUUAGUCUGCAGUCCCUGAAUGAGGUGCUAGCAUCAGGCUCAAAGGAACAGGGCAAGGCUGCUGUGGAGAAGCAUGUGCAGGAGGUGAAUGCACAACUGCAGCGGGAGCGCGAGGCAGAACUGGCAGCACGACAGGCAGCACGUGGAAUGGAGCAAGGCGGGAGUGGCGCCGGAGGUGUGAGCAAGGGCUGGAAUGAGGAGGACCUGCAACUUCUCAUCAAGGCUGUGAACCUCUUCCCUGCAGGAACCAACGCAAGAUGGGAGGUCAUUGCCAAUUACAUGAAUUUGCAUUCUACUAGUGGCAUUAAAAGGAAUGCUAAAGAUGUCAUAAAUAAGGCCAAAAAUCUGCAAAAGCUUGAUCCCCUCCAGAAGGAUGAAAUCAACAAGAAAGCCUUUGAGAAGUUCAAGAAGGAGCAUGUGGCCGUGCCUCCUACCGUAGACAACGCUGUGCCUUCUGAGAGAUUUGACUCAUCAAGCAGUGAAACCAGUUCGCCGUCCUGGACAACAGAAGAGCAGAAGCUGUUGGAGCAGGCGCUGAAGACUUUCCCAGUCAACACGCCAGAGAGGUGGGAGAAGAUAGCCGCUGCCAUUCCAGGCCGCAGUAAGAAGGACUGCAUGAAGCGGUACAAGGAACUCGUGGAAAUGGUUAAAGCCAAGAAGGCUGCCCAGGAACAGGUUGCUGCUAAAAGUAAAAAAUGACAAGUAAACCCCCC